AUGUGUGUGUGUGUGUGUAAGAGGGAGUGAAAAGGGUGGGGGCAGAACGAGAUAGCGAAAGGGAGACGGAGAGGAAGAGAAAGAGAGAGUAGCGAGAGUAAAGUAGCGAGAAAAGAAGACAACAAAAGAAACAAAAAAGAUACGUGACCUCCUGCUCAUUGGCUCUUUAGACCUUCCACACAGGCAGGGCUGCACUGUCCGCUGUCUGGCUCUGAUCGGUGAUUUGCCUGUUCUUUGACUACAUUUCUGGAUCACAAUUUCACAAACAGAGGUGCUAAUGAGAGAUGAGUGUGUGGUUCCUCGGCCCCGGGGCUAUGCUCCGGCCGUGUGUUCGGUGGUGUUGGGCCUCCUGUUGCUGGUGUUGAUCAGCCUGCUGGACUCAAGCCUAAUCAGAGAAGCUUCUGGACUCAUCGCGUUCCCUCUGAUCCUGGGUGCUGUACUGCACUGCCUGUGUCUGCUUACAGAGGAGUGGGUGUUCCAUUCACAACAGAGGUAUGGUGGGAGUGUUAAGCAGAUGCUCCGGGCCUGUUUCAGCAGUUCUACUCUAGCUGGGCUGUGUGUGGUGUUUCUGGCGCUGGUGGUGGGAGGCGUCACAUACACACCUAAGCAGUGGACACAGGUGGUCCUAACCUGUGCGUUAUACCUGCUGCUCAAGACCCUCGGAGUGCUGGGUCCUGCGCCGGUGGAGAUUUCAGAGGUUUGUGAGAGCAGGAAGAUGAAUGUAGCUCAUGGUCUGGCAUGGUCUUUCUAUGUGGGCUACCUGAAGCUUGUCCUGCCAGAGCUGGAGAAGCAGGUGAGGAAGCACUACAGCGAAACUGGAGAGGUGCUGAGCUCCGUCCGUCUCCACAUCCUGCUGCCCCUGAGCGCAGCAGCUACGACUAGACUGGAGGAGGUGGACCGUAACGUGCUCUUCCACCAGAACCUGCCUGAGCUUCAACUGGACCGGGCUGGAGUCAGAAGGAGGGUCUACAAGCACAGCAUCUACAAAAUCACAGACCAGAACAAAGAGGAUUAUUACUGUGUGGCUGAGUACGCCACUCCUGUGCUGACUCUGUAUCAGAUGUCCCAGGACAGCUAUGCAGGGUUUAGUGCGUCAGACAGGAGGCAGCAGGUCCUGCUCUUCUACACCACCCUCAGGCACAUUCUGGAGACUUCUCUGGAGUGCCGCAACCGCUACCGCCUCAUCCUCCUCGAUGACGAGCAGGCUGAGCCUCACUACCUGUCCCGAGAGCUCAUCAAGACCCUGCAGCAGCAGGAACAGGAGAUCCCCAUGGAUCUGACCCGUGAGCUGCCCCGCUCUGUGGCAGAAGAGGGGACGUACAGAGCUCCCGUGUGGGACCAGCACAAUGGCCUUCAGGAGGAGCCGCCCAGCUCCCUGCCCAGCCUCAUGAUCAGUGGCCCCAGCCCUCUGCGGUCAUUGCCUGUGGAGAAUACAGACUACACCCAGAACAACGCACACAGAUAGAGAUUGAGUUCUUUUGCUUUGGCCGUUUUCUUUGCAGGGAUUUUGAAUUUGAGUGUUCUGUUGUAGUGAUAGGCGCGUACACACACACACACACACACACACACAUACGCAUACACACACACUCACACACACACACACACACACACACACACACACAUACGCAUACACACAC